UUAUUGAACUAAAUCCAUGGAAAUAAACCAGGGUAGUGCCGCUUGUUCAGCUGCUAAUGUAGGACACGCCGCGGAACAAAGGAUUGUGAUGGAUAUCCGACAUUGAAAUCGCUGCCAUUGUUCCACGAAAAAAGCUCUCUCUCCCGAAAAGUAUUUCCUGUGGCAACAGUUUGUAUUUUUCCGCUGAACGAUGCACAAUGAACUGGAGCCGCCUGCAGGGUUUCGCUCUAAAGGCUGUGCUCUACUUUGUGACAUUUUAUCAGUCGUUGCCAUUUUUUGGCAGUGUCUCGCUGUCGCUGCUGCAUAGUUAUAUAUCCUCUUCGGUUUCCUUUAGCUUGGAUACCAUUUACCUCAAUUGGAACUCCACCUUUCCGGCCAUCACCGUGUGCGAGAUUUACAACGCUGAGAAGAUUUGGGAGCUGAGUGACAGUCACUUUGGCAGCGAGCAUGAAAUGCACAUCGAUGACUUUAUCAGCGAGAUUGUGUUCUAUCGUGGCGUCUGCAGCAGCUGCGAGAACUGCGCCAAGCUGCGCUGCCCCGCAAACUACACGCUGCUCCUGGAAGCGUUCCGCACCAAGUGCCAUCAGUUGAUUGUCAACUGCAGCUACCUGAACCAGCUGUUCGACUGCUGCGAUGAGUUCCUGCCGCUGCCCACGGAGUACGGAUUGUGCUACUCCUUCAACUCCCAUCAGGCGCGCAAGGUGGCCCCUGUGCAGUACACAAACAACCGCAUGACGGGCCCUGGACAUCUCACAUUCAAUGCUGCUGCGGAUGUUCAGCUUUAUGUGCACGCGCCCAUCGAUGUGCCCUUUCAGCUGUCCGAGGGCAUGAUUCGCGAAACGGUGCUGCUUGGCCACUUCAAGGAGCUCGUGCUGAACGUCAUCGAAGUGCACAACGACGAGAGCGUGCAGGACUUGAGCAUGGAGCAGCGGCGUUGUCGCUAUGGCCACGAGCACGUCGCCGAUCGUCAGGGCAUCUACGAGUUCUACAGCUACUCGGGCUGCGUGGUGGAGUGCACCGUUCUGCUGCAGCUCGUCAACUGCAACUGCACGAAUCACUUUAUGGCAGUGCCCGGGCAGAACUCACUGCCCGUCUGCGACUAUCGUGGUUUGAUUUGCUUGACCAAAGUCAGGGAGAAGCUAAUGAUGGAGCGCAAGUCCUGCGAGUGCAUGAGCGCGUGCGAGGAGCCCGAGUAUAAUAUUAUUUACAACUCCGCAGACAGCGAUGAUGAGGAUGCGGAGGAAGUCUCCAAAGUGCGUGUGGCACUCGUGGAGCUGCCCACGCAGCGUUAUGUUCGGCGUGUGUCGAAGACCAUUUUGGAUUUCUUGAUCUCCUUGGGCGGCCUGGUGGGUCUGUUCUUCAACACCUCCGCGCUGCGCAUGGUGGAGGCCGUUUUUCUGAUCGUGCGACACAGGAAAAGGGUCGUGCAGUGGGGCAAGCGAAUUUGGUUUGGCACAAUUAAUUAUUUACAGAUUCUGGACCAGUCAAAAUAAAUCACAAUGGCAUUUUCUUUACAUUCU